AUGAGGCACAUAGGAAAUUACAUUGUGAUGGACCUGCUAUCCCUGAUCCACGACCUCGGAAUGGAGGCGAUCCCGCUGGUGCAGACGUUCGGCCACCUGGAGUUCGCUCUGAAAUUGCCCGAGUUCCGACACCUGAGGGAACUGGACGCCUUCCCCCAGGAGGUUUGUCCCUCGCAGCCCGCGGCGCAUGCGCUGGUGCGUGAGAUGGUGCGUCAGGUGAUGGCGCUGCAUCGCACAUCGCGCUACCUGCACAUUGGCUGCGAUGAGGUGUUCCAUCUGGGUGCAUGCGGCCGGUGUACGCAGAGGCAUGUCGACAACAGAGAAAUCUUCGCAGAAUACGUGACGUCAGUGGCAGAGCACAUAAAGUCCACCUACCAGGGCGUCACGCCUCUCAUCUGGGACGACAUGAUGCGCCAAUGGAGUCCACAGUUCCUCACCUCAACUAAACUCGGCAGUCUGGUCGAACCGGUGGUCUGGGUUUACACAGAUGACAUCGGCAAACUGGUCCCCCACUACGUCUGGCACUGGUACAUGAAGACCUUCAAGUUCGUCUGGGUAGCGGGAGCCUUCAAGGGAGCGACCCUCUCCACUUCCGUACUCCCAGACGUGCGCAGACACAACAGCACCAACAGGCGUGGCUGGAGUUAUUUCGAAAACACCUGA